AUGCGCUGCUGGUGGCUCUGCUUCCUUGCCUACGCCUCAAUCAUCGCCCUCGCCAAACUAUCUCUUGGCUUCUUCUUCCUGCGCCUCACGUCCAUCAUAACACUACACCGCCUCAUCACCAUUGUCACCACCGCAUCCGCAGUCCUCAUAGGCAUCACCUACUUCAUCCUCUCGCUCUUCCAGUGCGACCCCAUUGACUUCUUCUGGACCAGGCUGCAGGGCGCGCAGGGGAAGUGCAUCAGCAUGGACGUCAUAAUCGGAAUGAUGUAUCUAUAUGGCGCCAUCGCAGCCACCACGGACGUUGCGUUCGGCGUACUGCUCAGCGUGCUAGUAUGGAAGCUGAACGUCGAGCGCAAGACCAAGUUGCUGAUCGCGCCGCUGCUGGGGUUGGCGUGUGUUGCCAGCUAA